AUGCCCAAGAGGAAAGCAGCAGCAGCAGCCGUCCCGGAGCAGGAACUCCGACGCUCGACGCGUCGCAAGUCUGGCGCUGCUACAGCUGCCGCCGCUGAUGCCCCGGCCCCGGCCCCACAACAGGAGCAGAAGCAGCAGAACGCGACAAAGGCAAACAAGGGCAGAGCCAAGCGCGAGGCAGAAGACGAUGAUGAAAAGACACAAAAGCCGCCUUCCAAGUCCCGCAAGACGACUGACAAGCACGAAGAUGAGGACAAUGAUACCAAAGCUCCUUCUCCGGCGUCAUCCUCCAAAUCACUGCCAAGCAUUGUCAGCCAGACUCGACGACUGACUAUUGCAAAGAAGACGCCAACUACUGCUGUGACAAAAGCCAAGGCCAAGGCCAAGUCUGCGCCCAAGGCGGCCAAAACAGCUGGAGAUGCCAAGGACAAGAAAGACACUGUCAAUGGCGGCAGCUCUGAAAAGUCAUAUUGGCUUCUCAAGGCAGAGCCGGAAUCUCGAUUUGAGAAUGGCGUCGAUGUCAAGUUUUCUAUUGAUGACCUGGCGGCCAAGACCGAGCCAGAGCCGUGGGAUGGAAUACGCAACUACGUAGCUCGGAAUAAUCUUCGCGCCAUGAAGAAGGGAGACCUUGCUUUCUUCUAUCAAUCUAAUUGCAAGGAGCCGGGUAUUGUUGGCACUAUGGAAAUAGUGCAAGAGCAUUCUCCCGACUUAUCGGCGCAUGAUCCCAAGGCUCCCUACUACGACGCAUCUUCCAAACCAGAAGAUCCCAAGUGGAGCGUGGUACACGUCGAAUUUCGCAGCAAGUUCAAGCAACUCAUUGGCUUGAAAGAGUUGCGCGAAAUGGGGAAAAUGGGUUCACCGCUGGAGAGUAUGCAAUUGUUGAAGCAGAGCCGACUCAGUGUCAGUCGAGUGAGCCAGGAUGAGUGGACGUAUUUGACUGGUGUUGCUGAGGAAAGGGGCGGCGCCAGUAAGACAGCUUGA